UGGGAGACUGCUGCGGAGCUGGAGGAAGUAGAGAGGGAGAGACAGAGGAGGAGAAGAGGAGAGGUGCAGCGUGGAGCCUUCAUCACUCCAUUCUGCGAGGAGGAGGAGGAGGAGUAGACGCAGGAUUUGAACGCAGCUGCUGUACUGUCAAGAUCUGGCGCUGUGACCUUUGAACCCUUGUUUCUGCCCCUCUGUGCCGCUGCUCCCGAAACGAAGGCGAACUGGACACACAGACAUCUCAUUAGCACGUGUCACCUUGUCCGCAGAGGUCAGAGGUCAACUCAUAUUUAGCCCACAAAGUCAACGGCGGGAUUAUAACUGCAAGGAGAUUUAAGUAGUCGAGAAGAGAUUUGACAAGUUUGUUGGAAUGUAUUUUGCUUCUGGUUCCAGAGCUUUGUGAAGAUUUUUUUUUUUUCGGUCUUUCAGUCUAUAAUAUUUCACUAUCCUCUUUACGCUUGGUGGAAAUGGGCCUAUCUUUUAUCAGACCCGAACGGACUUUAGUAAGCUAAUCCCAAGACGAAAACGAGGAAGGCGCUAUGUCGUGGAAGAGGAACUACUUUGCUUCAGGCAGUGGCGGCGGAGGAGGAGGAGGGAGCAGUGCGGUCGGAGCAGGACUGAGCACCGGCGGAGGGAUGCAGGAAAUUUUGACUCCGAGAACCAUGACGUCCAUCGCCCCGAGCAAAGGCCUGAGCAACGAGCCGGGCCAGAACAGCUGCUUCCUGAACAGUGCUCUGCAGGUCUUGUGGCACUUGGACAUUUUCCGCCGCAGCUUUCGCCAGUUAUCCUCUCACAAAUGCAUGGAGGACUCGUGCAUCUUCUGCGCUCUGAAGAGUAUCUUCGCUCAGUUUCAGUACAGCAGUGAGAAAGUUCUCCCUUCAGAUGCCCUCCGAAGUGCCCUCGCCAAAACCUUUCAGGAUGAGCAGAGGUUUCAGCUCGGGAUCAUGGACGACGCUGCAGAAUGCUUUGAAAAUAUCUUGAUGAGAAUUCACUUCCACAUCGCAGACGAAAGUAAGGAGGACAUCUGCACAGCCAGACAUUGCAUCCCUCAUCAGAAGUUUGCCAUGACACUGUUUGAGCAGUGUGUGUGCAGCAACUGUGGAGCCUCCUCAGAUCCGCUUCCCUUUAUCCAAAUGGUCCACUACAUCUCCACCACGUCCCUCUGUAACCAAGCAGUGAAGAUGUUGGAAUCCAGAGAGAAAGCCACUCCCAGUAUGUUUGGAGAGCUGCUCAGAAAUGCCAGCAUGGGAGACCUCCGCAACUGUCCUAGUCAGUGUGGACAGCAGCUCCGUAUGGCUCGUGUCCUCCUCAACAGUCCAGAGAUCAUCACCAUUGGUCUGGUGUGGGACUCUGACCACUCAGACCUGGCUGAAGAUGUCAUACACACCCUGGGGACAUGUCUACGUCUGGGAGAUUUGUUUUACAGAGUGACAGAGGAGAAGGCUCGGCAGUCAGAGCUCUACCUGGUGGGCAUGGUGUGUUACUACGGGAAACACUACUCCACGUUCUUCUUCCAAACCAAGAUUCGGAGAUGGAUGUACUUUGAUGACGCACAUGUUAAAGAGAUUGGUCCGAAGUGGAAGGACGUUGUAUCGCGUUGCAUUAAGGGCCACUACCAGCCUCUCCUCCUGCUGUACGCUGACCCCCGGGGGACCCCAGUAUCUGCCCAGGAAGUCCCCUCACGCCACGAGCUCCACUCCUUCACCAAGUCCUGCUACGACAGCGAAGACUCUGGCCGAGAGCCUUCCAUCUCCAGUGACACUCGCACAGACUCUUCCACUGAGAGCUACACGUACAGACAGCCCUCCCACUCGCACCAUGAGUCCUUGGCCAGUCACUACUCCUCAGACUCCCAGGGAACAGUCAUCUGCACUGAGCGCUCUUCCUUCGGCAGUUUGGACACCAUAGGCCACGUGACGGACGGCGAGCAGCAGCACUCUCUGAAGAAGGGAGACGGCGAAAAGAGGCGGAGCUCUAUCCGCCCGUGGCGAUCUAAACCUGACCACGAAGCUUCUCUGGCCGGUUACCACAGUGAGGGAGAGACUCUGAAGGAGCAGCAAGUCCCCCGCCCUCGCCUCAAACCCACCUCGUCCUUCUCAUACUCCAGCAGUCGCCUGAGAGAUUUUAAAGAAACAAUGAGCAACAUCAUCCAUAACCGCUCUCUCUCCUCCUCCUCUUCUUCUUCUCUACCUGCUGCCGCCAUUUCAACCGAAACACACACAUCCACCAACAGCCACCUCCCCUCUGGCAAACCUGCCCCCUCCCCCUCCUCCACGGGACAGGACUGGGAAGCAGACAGCACCAGCAGUGAGUCCAAGUCCAGCUGCUCCGGGGGGACUGGCAGAUACAGGCCCCCGUGGAAACCCAAGAGAGAGGCCCUGAAUAUAGACAGCAUCUUCACUCGACGUAGACAGGCUGGGUACAGUCCUCUGGCACCCUCUGUGUCCGAAGACUCUGGAGCUGCUACAUCAGAGGAACAAGCACAAGAACAAGGCUCAUCCAGGACUCUACCCAACAUCAGUGGGCACAGGGGAGGGAGUGCAGACCUGCCCCCUCCUCCUCCUCCCCCCAGGCUUAUCCAGCGCAUGGAGAGUGGCUAUGAGAGCAGUGAGAGGAACAGUAACAGUCCCGUGAGCCUGGACCUCAACCCAGGAGACAGGGAAAGUAGCACAAAGAAGCCUCCGUCCUCCUGUUCCUCAUCUGGACCCUCGUGGAAGAACGCUCGGUCAAAGAGCAGUGGGGCGCUCCUGCAGGAUAUCAAUUCUUCUAACAGGACAGCGCCCUCCUCCGGCCGUAGUGAGCUGGAUGAGCUGCAGGACGAGGUGUUGAGAAGAGCCAGAGAGGAGGAGCAGCAGAGGCGUCAGGAGAAGGAGAAGGAGGCCGCUCUGGGCUUUAACCCCAGGCCCAGCAAGUACCUGGACCUGGACCAGCUGCAGAUUCAGGGUAAAGGAGACCGCUUUGAAAGGUGUGUUUCUGAAGCUGAGCUCCUGUUGGACCAGUCUGUGUGUCUGGAGCAGGCAGGAGAAGUGGCAGCUGCUCUUACUGCAGUAAAUGAAGCUGUGUCCAAACUGCACUCAGCAGCAGCUGAGUCUGGGGCCAGUGCUCACACUCGGCUCCAGCGCUGCAUAAGGAGAGCCCGGGGUCUGCAGCAGCGAAUCACACUCCAACAGCGCCACUUAGAGGCAGGCAGCAGUACUGAGCAGCCCCAGCCUCAGCACCAGACGCACAGUGAAAAGUCUGUCCCGUUCCAAGUACUUCUGACAGACGGACAGGGAGACGAGCCAAUCAGCAGUCACGAUAAGAUGGACCCGCCUCCUUCUCCACGUCUCGACCAAUCGGCUCUUCCUGAAGAUGUGUCCACUAUUCGGCCUUCACCAGACGUACCACAGGAAGAGGAGAAGCUCGCAGGGUCAUACACGCGCUUCGGAAAACCUCUCAGUAACUGCCGCUCGCUCCCUGCUCUGUGUGUGGACAAUUAUGAGCCGAAGGACCAGGACGAGGAGGAGGAGACUGCCCCUCCCCUCUGGGCCCGGACACCCCCUGCUCCUGUGCCCACGCCCUGCACUAGGACCCCCUCACCGGUCUAUGCUAACGGCAUGCAGCAGCAGAUCAACAAUCAUUCACCACAAACAUAUUCCACUGGAGCCCUGCCCACCACCAAUCCAACGAGGAACUGGUCGUGCCUGGCGGACGACUCUCAUAUAAAUUCACUUCUUAGCUCCUCUGUCCCUUCCUCCUCUGGUACCAUGCCCCCCUGUACCCCCCCUGCCGCUCGACCCCCUCAGACCUUCACAACUCCCUCCUCUCAUGACUACAGAGCAGCAGCUUUGCCAGUGGAGCGCUGGGCAGAGAACGUCAACAGAUAUUACGGCGCCAUGAGUGCAGCAGAGAAGAAGAUCGGAGCAGAGGCUGCAGAGGAGCUGUCAGAGUUGGACUGUCUGUACCAGGCCAGCCUGAGAGCGCCCCCUGUGGACAGGAACCACUAUGGGGCUGCUCCUCAGCAGCCUAGUAACAGGACAGGUGCUAGACGGAUCCCAUCAGGGUCUGGACGGUCCAAAACACCCACUGCAGAGAUUGAAAAAUAUGCCUACAGAACUCCUGUUCCUCCUGUGCACAAGGUGUCAGGUGAGGAUGAAAGCUACAGCGCAGACAACAUGAGAAGACUCGCCCGCAGUCUGAGCGGGUCGGUCAUCGGGUCACGCUCCCAAACACUCCCGUCUCACCCUUCUGACCCUCCAAUGUCCAGGCCCCCUCCCAGGCAGGUCAUGUCCUCCUCCACCCUGCCCCGUCGCCCCAGUGCCUCCUCCACCCCCUUCACCACCAACCCCUCACUGCACCUGCCCCCUCACCCCCCUCACCCCCAUCACCUCCACCACCAUCACCAGCCCAGAGAGCACCAGUACCCUCCACCGCACCCACACACGCAGCCAUCACGGAACCCCGCCUCAGGAGCGUCUCUGCAGCAGAAGUUGUUUUUGGCUGUGUCUGACCGGUACCAGACUGUCCCAGGUGAAAGCCUUCACAGUGUCGCGCUGAACUACGGCACACUGCCCCGGGCCCCGCGGAGACCUCCUCCCUCCCCCACUCUGUCCCUGUGCAGACCCAGGACUGGUUCCAGCCCUGGCUCCAGCCCUGGGCCUGUGUCUAUGGCUCCACAGGGAAUGUACGCCACCCUAGGCCAUGCUCCACGCUCACACACCUCUCACUGCAGACAAGCCUCGUUUAAUGGUACAGUGAACGGAACUGCUCAGCUCCAACAGCCCCACUACUCCCAAAGAGAAGGCGCACCCCAGCCCCGCCGCCUGGACGUGCCACCUGACAACGACUGGCGCCGCGAUGUCCGCCAUGACGCCCGCCAUGCCCCGCCCCCUCGCCUCCAUCAGCCUCUCCACAGGACUGACCUCCCCGUGCACAGGAGCUCUCAGCUGUGCUCUCUGUGCAGACACAUGUGUGCAGAGCCCAUGAGGCCCUACUGCUCGUCCUGUGGGGCCUACAUGAGGAGAUUUGGCCCCAGCAGCUGAUCACGCCCCCCCACCACCUCCUCACCUCCUCCUCCUCCUCUCUCUCUCUCACUCCUCUCUCUCUCUCACUCUCACUCUCACUCUCACUCUCACUCACUCACUCUCUCUCACUCUCUCACACCCCCAUCUCACCCCUGCUGCUUGCAGCACACUUUGGUUUACUUUGUACAAUGUGCCAACAGAGCUUCAGCAUAAACAGAACCGAACAUGAAGACAUGCCUUCUGUGUGAAACCUACCUGAGACUGGACUGAUAUGACAAAAGCACAGUAUAUUUGUACACUCUAAAACUCUUUGGUGGGUUUAUUUAUUGCUUUGGGUUGAGCUGAUGUAACAAAAGUCACAAUGUUGAGAAACCAGGAAUGAUAUUUUUAAAGAAAAUCUCUUUGAAUGUCUUUGAGCACCCGCCAUAUGCCACUAAGAACAGAAUAAUGAUGUAAUCAGUGUACGAUGAAGAGGAGAGUUCAUUGUACAGUUGGUUUGGUCUUCAAUGAGUCUGAAUGUAAUGUAAUAGUGUGCCUUAAAUCUGGUCCCAUAUAGAGCUACAUUGGCCUUAUUCUAAUUCUACAAAUGAUCGAACCUUUAUAUGAGGGAGAUGGGAGAAGAGUGCACAUGGAGCAGUGUCGUUCAUAUUUACACUGUUAGAGGGUUUGGAGGGCCAAUAAUAAUCGACUCGUUUAUUUUUGUAGCUUUGUCAGAUUGGACUGUGCAUAUGUUAAACAUCUAACCUGAGUGUAAUUCUAUAUUAUCUACCUACUCUACUCUUCUGUACAUAGUGUGCGGCCACUUUCUUUUUCAAGAUAAUAACUCAAGUUGAACAGCUAAUAUUUAGCAUGUUAUUUAGCCUUGUAAAUGUGCUGUAAGAAGUAUAUUUCUAUAUGCAGACCCUUUAGAGCAGCCAGGCCACUGCAGCUCCAGUGUAUUCUGUUCUAGUGCACUUUAGAAGUGUUGCAGAUAGUCUUUCUUUUGGCUUGUUGCUAGUUACUAAACUUAGCUUCUCCUCUUGUUUAGGGAGAGUUUUCUGUUACUAUUCCACUUGAGUCUGCAGGAUGGACCCACUGUUCUGAACAACAUGGAACAAACUUUAGUGAAGAACAGAGUUGUGAUAAAAGGACUGUGUGGACCUCUGUCGCCAUCAGAGCACCAGGAAAGUCUGGGUUCUUUUUGUUUUAUGGCAGACUUGAGUUUAUAUUGUUAACGUGUCAGUGAUUCAAAUGUGGAGCAGUUAUUUUUUCACUUGAUCAUGUCAAACUCAUUUUGCUUCAUUAGAGUUUCUUAUUUUUAUUUUUGUGACAUUUUGAUGCUAUUUUUAUAGACCUAACAGAGUUUGGUUAGAUUAUUUUAGUAGAAAUACUCACUCUAGUAGCUACAACUGCUUCUGCCAUGGCCUCAUGUUGCUUCUAAAUUUUAUUGUUUGGAUAUGAACAGCCUAUGUUAAAGUUAAACCAAAGACUAAAGACAAAAGUUCCUGUUUGUUUCCAUGGGCUGUUUAGGAGCAGAGCUUCAUUUGUGUUUCCUGCUGAAUUAUUGGUUUCAUCUUGUAUUCAGUGUUUUCAUGCUGUGCAGACCACAUUAAAGGAAAAGUAUUUUUUCAAUAAAGUUGUAGCAAUGAC